CAGAUUGCGUUUCUCUCACUGCAUCAAAUUGGAACAUACAAAAAGAUCGAUUACUUAAAUCAUAAUCAACAUAUGGCAUUGAAAGUUGGAAACUUGACCAGGAGGUUACACUUGGUUCACGAUUUUAGGGUUAGGGUCUUAGCGAAGAGAAGAGGAAUCGCAGCUGAUAAAAUGUUGAAAGUCGAAGAAUUAACACCUGAAUUACAGGAGACGCUUAAUGCCAACAUGGAUGACGUGAAAGCUAGGCGUCGUGCACGUGAGGCCUUCAAGGAUGUUCAGCUAAACAUUGACCAUCUUCUGUUCAAGACAUCGUGUGAUGGAUUGAAAACAAAAGAGUCAUAUGAUGUGAACUCUAGAGGGUUGGAAAUUUUCUCGAAAAGUUGGCUUCCAGAGAAACGAUCUCCCAAAGCCGUGAUUUGUUUCUGCCAUGGUUAUGGAGACACCUGCACGUUUUUCUUUGAAGGAAUUGCUAGAAAGUUGGCUUCAUCUGGAUUCGGAGUUCUUGCCAUGGACUUGCCAGGAUUUGGUCUUUCGGAAGGUCUUCAUGGCUUCAUCCCAAGCUUCAGCAGUCUAGUAGAUGAUGUUAUCGAACAUUAUUCAAAAAUCAAAGAGAAUCCAGAAUUACGUGAUCUUCCAAGAUUCUUGCUCGGGCAGUCGAUGGGUGGAGCCGUGGCUCUGAAGGUGCACUUGAAGCAGCCCGAGUUUUGGAAUGGCGCAAUCCUUGUCGCACCUAUGUGCAAAAUUGCAGAUGAUGUAGUCCCGCCAUGGGCAGUAAAGCAAUUUCUCAUAGGUGUUGCGAAGGUUCUCCCAAAAUCGAAGCUUGUUCCACAAAAGGAUCUAGCUGAUAUGGCUUUCCGAGAACCGAAAAAGAAGCCUCUGACGAGCUAUAAUGUUAUCGCUUACAAGGAUAGACCACGUUUGGGAACGGCUAUGGAGCUCUUAAACACGACCCAAGAGAUCGAAAGUCAACUUGAAAAAGUCUCAUUGCCAUUGUUGAUCCUGCACGGAAAAGCUGAUAUAGUAACAGAUCCGUCCGUCAGUAAAGCUUUGUACGAGAAAGCGAGGAGUAAGGACAAGAAACUUAAUCUCUAUGAUGAUGCUUAUCAUGCACUUCUUGAAGGUGAACCCGAUGACAUGAUUCUUCGUGUUUUUGAUGAUAUAACUUCAUGGGUCGACGAGCGUAGUGGUAUGAAGUAAUCCGUUUAAAAAUUUAUGAAAAAACAGAAAAAAUGAUGAGAAAAAUAAGAAGACAUUUUUGUUACAAUGGAAAGUAGCAGAAGUUGUAUUUGAAAAAUAAAUGAGCUUAAACCUCUGUUUCUUGUGCUGUACGGAUACUAUUUUACGUAAAGCAUAUUUAACCUUGUAUCUAUAGGUUUUACCAUAGCAGUGUAUGGUGUUUGUUGCAGGA